CACCUUCUCUCUCCCGCCACCACCUCUCCCUCCCCCGCUCGCCGUAGCGAACCCCCCCGCCAUUGACGUCGCCAUGCCGCUGCGCCGACGAGACUCCGACAGCCGGAGCAGCCACCACGCGCCGCACAAGUCCAGCAGCUUCUCCCAGCCCAGCGCCCGCGACGACAAGCCUCGUGACGCCAUCGACCGCAACCUCUCCCUCGGCUCCGCCGGCCACCACCACCACCACGACGGCAGGCGGCUCGACCUGCACCACCCGCCUCCCGCCGGCGACGCCAUCAAGGAGGAGUACGAGGAGGAGGAGCGUGGUGGCGCCGGUGCUCCCUGCGGUGGCGGCGACGGUGGCGGUGGUGACGGUGGGGGCGGUGGGGAUGGUGGUGGUGGGGACGGCGGCGUGCCUGACCUCGCCGCGCUGUCCGUGGAGAUCGACGCGUUCGUCGCGGCGGGGCAGGACGGCGGCGAGGCGCUGAGCGACGCCACGCUGGAGAGGUUCGCCGCCGCCGUCGAGAUGGAGAUCGCGCAGUCGGAGUCGGCGGUGGACAAGUGGGCGACGGGCGCCAACGGCGAGCCGCGGGCGCUGCUCGCCGCGAUCUCCCGCAUCGCGGCGCUCGCGGCGGCGCUGGCCAAGGCCCCCGAGGGGAAGCACGCCACCGCCGGGGCGCACCGUGUCACCGCCGUGCUGCACCGCGCCAUGGCGUUCCUCGAGGACGAGUUCCUCGCUCUGCUCGACGACCCGCGCGUCCCCAAGGCAACGACGUUCGACCAGGUGCAGCACGAGGUCGACCGGUGCGUCCUCCCCGCGUCGGUGGACGUCGGGGCCGGAGUCGGGGAGUCCGCGCCGCCGUACCCGCCUGAGACGGUCGACCGGCUCCGGUCCAUGGCCGACGCCAUGGUCACCGCCGGGUACGUGACGGAGUGCACCCAGAUGUUCCUGGUGGCUCGCCGGAACGCGUCCGACGCGUCGCUGCGCGCGCUCGGGUACGAGAAGGCGAGCAUCGACGACGUAGUGAAGAUGACGUGGGAGGCGCUGGAGGCGGAGAUCGCGACGUGGACCAAGGCGUUCCGGCACACCAUCAACGUCGGCCUCUCCACCGAGCACGACCUCUGCGCCCGCGUGUUCGCCGGCCGCCACGCCGCCGUCGGGCGGGGCAUGUUCGCCGACCUCGCCCGCUGCGUCAUGCUCCACAUGCUCAACUUCACGGAGGCGGUGACCAUGACGAAGCGCGCCGCGGAGAAGCUCUUCAAGGUGCUCGACAUGUACGAGGCCACCCGCGACGCGUCCCCGGUCAUCGACGCCUUCCUCACCGCCGACGACGGCAACAACAGCACCGCCCUGACCGACCUCAAGCACGAGCUCAACUCCGUCCGCUCCCGCCUCGGCGAGUUCGCCGCCGCCAUCUUCCGCGAGCUCGAGAGCUCCAUCCGCGCCGACGCCGGCAAGCAGCCCGUCCCGGGCGGCGCCGUGCACCCGCUCACCCGCUACGUCAUGAACUACCUCAAGUACGCGUGCGAGUACAACAGCACGCUGGAGCAGGUGUUCCGGGAGCACGGCGCCCAUGGCGGCGGCGGCGGCGGCGACGGCGAGAACCCGUUCGCGGCGCAGCUGAUGGAGGUGAUGGAGCUCCUCCACGGCAACCUGGAAGGGAAAUCGCGGCUCUACAAGGACCCAUCACUGAGCAACAUCUUCCUGAUGAACAAUGGGAGGUACAUGCUGCAGAAGAUCAGGGGCUCGCCGGAGACGAACGCCAUGCUCGGCGAGGCGUGGGCGAGGAAGCAGUCGACCAACCUGAGGCAGUACCACAAGAACUACCAGCGGGAGACGUGGAGCCGCGUGCUCGGCCUGCUCCGCGACGACGGCGUGCUGACGGUGAAGGGGUCGGUGCAGAAGCCGGUGCUCAAGGAGAGGUUCAAGCAAUUCAACGCAGCCAUGGACGAGAUCCAGAGGACGCAGGGCGCGUGGGUGGUGAGCGACGAGCAGCUGCAGUCGGAGCUCAGGGUGUCCAUCGCCGCCGUCGUCGUGCCGGCGUACCGCUCCUUCCUCGGCCGCUUCGCGCAGACGUUCAGCGCCGGGAGGCAGUCGGAGAAGUACGUCAAGCUCAGCGCCGACGACGUCGAGGCCAUCAUCGACGAGCUCUUCGACGGCAACGCCACCUCCAUGACUAGGAGGCGGACAUAGCAACACAACUAAAUCGCCGCCGCGAGCGCAACCGCAGAUGGAUCAGAAUGCGCGGGAAGAAGAAGGAGGAGGAUUAAUUUGAGCUGAUUAUAAUUUCUUGGUUUAAGCCAUGUGUUAAUUAUUUUGUUUUUUUCUUCUUAUGUUCUUUUCUUCUUCUUUUUUUCUGGUUAAGAAUGUUAAUUCGAUCGGUCGAACAGGUGAUGUACUACUAAUUGUUACUGGAUUAUCUCAGGGCAGAUAGGUUUAUGUAUCCAUUAUUAAUCCAUGUACUUAAUUUUACCCGAUGAAAUUGAGCUUUUUUUCUUUGUUGUUAGUUAA